GCCAGGAAGAACGCUGCCUGUCCUGGACCCAUCUGGGGAUUACUACUACUGGUGGGCUGAACACGAUGGUCUUCCCUGUAAUGUAUAACCUCAUCAUCAUCGUGUGCAGAGCCUGCUUUCCCGACUUGCAGCAUGGCUACCUGGUGGCCUGGUUCGUGGUGGACUACACUAGUGACCUGCUGUACCUACUGGACAUCGUGGUGCGCUUCCACACCGGAUUCUUGGAACAAGGCAUCCUGGUAGUGGACAAAGGUAGGAUCUCGAGUCGCUAUGUUCGCACCUGGAGCUUUUGUUUGGACCUGGCUUCCCUGGUGCCCACAGACGUUGCUUACGUGCGGCUGGGCCCGCACACACCCACGCUGAGGCUGAACCGCUUUCUGCGUGUGCCCCGCCUCUUUGAAGCCUUUGACCGCACCGAGACCCGCACGGCUUACCCCAAUGCCUUUCGCAUCGCCAAGCUGAUGCUCUACAUUUUCGUGGUCAUCCACUGGAACAGCUGCCUCUACUUCGCCCUGUCCCAGUACCUGGGCUUCGGGCGUGACCCCUGGGUGUACCCAGACCCGGCGGAACCCGGCUUUGAGCGCCUGCGGCGCCAGUACCUCUACAGCUUUUACUUCUCCACGCUGAUCCUGACCACCGUGGGCGACAUCCCGCUGCCGGAGCGGGAGGAGGAGUUCCUCUUCAUGGUCGGCGACUUCCUGCUGGCCGUCAUGGGUUUCGCCACCAUCAUGGGUAGCAUGAGCUCCGUCAUCUACAACAUGAACACUGCCGACGCAGCUUUCUACCCUGACCACGCGCUGGUGAAGAAGUACAUGAAGCUGCAGCAUGUCAACCGCCGGCUGGAGCGGCGCGUGAUUGACUGGUACCAGCACCUGCGGAUCAACAAGAAGAUGACCAAUGAGGUGGCCAUCUUACAGCACUUGCCAGAGCGGUUGCGGGCAGAAGUGGCUGUGUCUGUGCACCUGUCUACUCUGAGCCGGGUGCAGAUCUUCCAGAACUGCGAGGCCAGCCUGUUGGAGGAGCUGGUGCUGAAGCUGCAGCCCCAGACCUACUCACCAGGCGAAUACGUCUGCCGCAAGGGGGACAUUGGCCGAGAGAUGUACAUCAUCCGCGAGGGUCAGCUGGCCGUGGUGGCAGAUGAUGGUGUCACACAGUAUGCCGUGCUUGGUGCAGGGCUCUACUUUGGGGAGAUCAGCAUCAUCAACAUCAAAGGGAAUAUGUCUGGGAACCGCCGCACAGCCAACAUCAAGAGUCUAGGUUAUUCGGACCUGUUUUGCCUGAGCAAGGAAGACCUGCGGGAAGUGCUGAGCGAGUAUCCACAGGCCCAGGCCGUCAUGGAGGAAAAGGGCCGUGAGAUCCUUCUCAAAAUGAACAAGUUGGACAUAAAUGCGGAGGCAGCUGAGAUUGCCCUACAGGAGGCCACAGAGUCCCGGCUACGAGGCCUCGACCAACAACUGGAUGAUCUACAGACCAAGUUUGCUCGUCUCCUGGCUGAGCUGGAGUCCAGUGCACUCAAAAUCGCUUAUCGCAUUGAACGGCUGGAGUGGCAGACUCGGGAGUGGCCAAUGCCUGAGGAAUUGGCUGAGGCCGAUGAUGAAGGCGAGUCUGGGGAGGGAACUUCCAAGGAUGAGGAGGGCAGGGCCAGCCAGGAAGGACCCCCAGGCUCAGAGUGACCCCAUUCCUAUCCCUAGGA